AUGGAACCUAAAAAGAAAGCAGCAUUUUCAAUCCGAGACCUGUUGGGAAUUAGAACACAGAAAUCAGGACCAGAAACGAGGGAUUUUCCACGUGAUUUUCAUUUUGGUGGACUGAAUCAUUGCUUCGGCGAUACACGUGCAUUUGGAUCUUUUUUACCUAGAUUGGGUCAGGAACAGUUACGUGGGGAAGGGUUUCCGGCAUACCACCCCUGGGCAGCACCUCUUAUUGACAGUUUAAACACUUCCGGACAAACCAUUUUGAAUUUUAAUAUUUUUUCGCAAAAUAACGGCGCCGAUUCUCUGAAGAACGAUUCAACUGAAGAAAGGCGAAAUACAAAUGGUCUGUUAGAUUUCCAGAGUUCUAGUCUGAAUAAUAGUAAGAAGAAAAAGAAAAAAAGACGACACAGGACGAUAUUCACAUCAUACCAACUGGAUGAACUGGAAAAAUCCUUUAAAGAUGCUCACUACCCGGAUGUUCAAACACGUGACAUGUUAUCACUAAAAACUGGUUUACCAGAAGAUCGAAUACAGGUUUGGUUCCAGAAUCGACGAGCUAAAUGGAGAAAAACGGAGAAGACGUGGGGUAGAAGUAGUAUAAUGGCGGAGUAUGGGUUAUAUGGUGCGAUGGUUCGUCAUUCCUUACCUCUUCCAGAUACAAUAUUGAAGAGCGCCAAGGAGGGUGUGCUCGACUCCACAGCUCCAUGGCUUCUGAGUAUGUACCGGAAGUCGGUUGAUACAUCACCUUCCGUUUCUAAUGACGUGAUGGAGAGACCGGAUGUAGAGCAAAUUCCACCAAAUGAUUUCCGAUCAGAGAGUAUUGCAGCUCUGCGUGCACGUGCUCAAGAAUAUUCAGCUAAAAUUCUCCCCACUCGAACAGACAAUAUGACCAAAUCUCACGAGAGUGACAAACCUGAGGAAAGAGGCAUGGAUCAAAGUUAG